CCCCAAUUCUACUGUACAGUAGAGUAUGGUCAAGCAAGCCAUCCACCAUCUUGUCGACUCUUAAGCAAUUUGCCUAGAGUAAGCAGGUGCGGAGUUGUGUUCAUGUGGUGAAACAUGUGGCCUAUCUUUCUGGAACAGUCGGGACUUCUUCUUAUCCACUGCCGCUGCUGGCGGCAGCAUUAACACAAUCAAUAAAUCAUGGUGACGAUCUCAAGUCCUCUCAUCAUCAACGGCCACCUGCAGGUAGCGAUCAAUAAGCUGAGAGCACGACCUCUUACUCAGAGAGGCAACACCACUUGUUUGACCUGUUUGUUUGCCGCUUUAUGUCACGGAUUGGGGACCGCUUUUUGCAGGCAGCUCAUCCUGAUGCCAUUCAUGGUAUGAGUAUGAACAGUGAGCAUCAGAGCGCGAUUUACAAAAAAGC